UAACAAAUCAAUUCCUCAAUCUCCUGUCUCUGUCUACCAGAUCUUUCCCCACUCCCACGCCCCCACUCUUAAAACGAUGCUAUGGAAGCUGCUCUCUCGCAACUCUCUCUCUCUCUCUGUCUCCACUCACUAUCUCUCACGCGCUGACAAUGGGUGCAUUCAGCAGUUUAAUCGCGGCUCUGUGAUCACCCAAGCUGUGAUCGGUGAUCGGUCACUAGAUUUCUACCGUACAAAAUGUAGAUCGACUUUUGAGAUUAUUUAGUAAACAUUCAGAAGCAAUUUUAAUCAGAAAACGUAUUCACCGUACUCAUGCCAUAAAUUAGUUUACAGUCUAAUAUUCUCAUUUAUGUGAUUACCAUUAGAAAAUUUCCCAAUCAAAAUAAAGCGAAGAAAGCGCAAUGACAUUUGCUGAGUGGGCUGCCAGAUUUAAUUUGUACAUUCUACAUAAUUUAGCUGCAGCUAUAUUUAGGUGCCUAAAACGAUAUAAAAAGGACAUAAACUAAUUUGUUGUACAACUCUAGUGACACAAGUAUUAGUUGUUAGUCAGUUGACUCAAAUGAGAAUGCUAAUAAUUUGGGAUAAAAACUAUCAAUAGUUAUUGAAUACAAUAAACUUUUAUUCAAAUUGGUUCUUUGAAAUACGGUUGCUAAACAUUUUUCAGUGAGUAAGUCGGAUAUAUAUUUAUAUAUUUUACGAAUCCUCGUAUAUUUGCGACAAUAUGUUCUUUCGAAAACGGUGAUAAAUAAAUCGGACUUCUAAUCGCUAAGUCCCAUUAUAAAUCACGUAUUACUCAUAUCCGAAUUGGCGAGACUCUGCUGAAUGCGCUCGUUUUAUUAAGCCACGCAAUCACGGCCUACGUUUCAAGUCGAACCAGAUCACACAGACACUCGAAAGUACAAACAACACAACGCACAUACGUAUAAAUCACAGGUAUGACGACUGAGUUAACUGCCAAACCUGCUGAAUUAUUGAACAGUGUUGUUUUUGGCGAACAGCACUGACAAUGAAAUUGCAAAUGGUCAUGGAAAUAUUGUAGAGCCCGGCGUCUAAUUGGCUCCAAGAGUUGUACGUUUUUCUUAUCGCGUCUGCUGUUAUUUUGUUUGUUCUUUUUUUUAUUUUUUUCACCGGCGAUAAUAAAUACACGCACCCACCACUCGAGCUGCAAAGAAAUGGAGGUGCCUCUUGGUCGGCGUCUCUGAAAUCCAGGUGUGUGUUUGCAUACGAAUUUUGCCAGUGAAAAUGAAACAACAAGCGCCAGCUGACACCUUCUGUUUUUCGUGCUGCUUUAUCGGCUGGGACUUAUGUCUUAUGUAUUUAUAUUCACAUUUUUUAAGUGGUUACAUUUUGUUUAUUCUGAAGGAAGCACAAGCAAACUGGUUCCAUUUGACAGGCCAAGUUAUUAUUAACAUUAGCCAGAUUCGUAAUUGUUUAUGGCCAAAAAAGGAAGGCACUUUCCAUCUCGAUCGAUUCAGUUGCAUCGACUUGUUUGGAUUCCCUGCGAUCAUGUAGCUGAUCAUAUAUAUAUAAUGAAUUUUAGUUUAAUAUUUUUUUUUUUCAUUUGUAUUGGUUUUCAAUUUCAACAGCAUGAUCCUCGUGCCAUAUGUUUUCCAUAAAAAUGCGAUAAAAGAGAUAGAUAGAGAAAACAAUUUGAGUAUUAUGUUUAUUUGUUUAAUAUUUUUUCGACGAUUCGAAGAAGUUAUUCGAAAACUGCUGCUUGCAACAUAGAACUUGUAUUAAAUGUUUCCAGAAGAAUAGAAAAUAAUUUCUAUUAGGAUGUCCCAUAAAAACUAAGUUGCUGCUGAUUACUUUGUCAACUUUAUCUGUAAAAAAUCAAUUCAGAUGUAUCUCCCACCUUAUUUGGCAUGCAGUUCCUCCUCCUGUUUCUUCUGACCUUCUCAUCCGCGUAUUCACAUGAAGGGAAGAAGGGGCUUCAGAGGAACCUCUACGUAACGGACAAUUAUCACCAGAAUGUGGUGUCCAUACGGACGCGCAAACACAUUCGCCAUUGGGGUGACAAUCACUUCUGUGCCGGCUCCCUCCUCUCCGCCUGGUGGGUCGUCACCUCCGGCUGUUGUGUGAGCACCAGGCCGGAGAGCACACCAAACCAGUCGAGUAAUCGCAAGAAUCUAAGAGUUGUCGUCUUCACGCCCCUGCGAUUGAAAAUGCCAUCUCCCAAGAACAUAUACCACGUUCAGAAGAUUGUGUUGGACGAGUCCACCAUGAGUGGGUGCUCCGAAUUGGCUCUGCUGAAGCUGGAUCGCGGCGUUACUGGCCAAAGGUUUGCCAUGAUGCUGCCGGAAAAGGAGUUGAACAGCACAUGGCUUUGCAACUCUCUAGGAUGGGGCAGGAUUUACUACGACGGACCCUACUCGAGCGAGCUGAUCCAAAUCAGAGCCCAGAUGAUUUCGGAGUAUGACUGCAAGCCUGGUUGCAGCAGUUGCCUGUGCAUGAGUAGCUAUACAGGCAGGGGCAAUAUGUGCCAGCAGGACUUGGGCAGUCCGCUCUUCUGCGAUCACUUCCUGUACGGCGUGGCGCGUCGGGUGCUCACUUGCGAGCACGAGGGCUUCAUGGUGUACACCAAUGUCUACCGAAACCGCAAGUUCAUCGAGGACACAUUGAGUGGCGCACCCUGGCCAAAAAAGUCCUAUGUUUUCGUCUAUUUCUUUGUGCAACUGGUGUUAGCAUCUUUUCCGGUAGUUUCAUCUAAUUGAAUAUGAUAUUUCAAACACGAAAGCGCAGGAUAUUUAAAGGAUUAUACACAGCCGAUCCCAAAACUAAGUCUCUCAGUAUUUUUAAAAUAUCUCAAAUCAAGUACUGACUCAUUCUCUUUAAAUAGUUUCUGACUUCAGUUUAAUAAUGUCAAUAAGCGGUCUUACCACCUACUCAUACUCUUGUUUUUUAGAGCACUGUGUCCGUGAAUUCGAGUGACUUUCCGUCUGUGAACUGAAUCUUGAUUGAAUCUCGAUAGUUGAAGUUCAGGGUCGUGUGUGCGUGUGUUUAAUCACUCGACUUGUCUUCCCCAUUCAUCAGUUGAUGAUCGCUGAUCGAUUGCCAAAAGUAGCAGCAGACACUAGCCAGCCCCCUAGCCCUUCCCACCCGCCCCCGUUCCCCCAUCUCUUCCUCUCAUCCCGUUACUUUUUGUUUUCCUGUAGUUUUGGUUUCGCCUAUUUCGAUUCUUCUACUGUCUGGUAGCUAGCUCUCUUUCCGUUUCUAUUCCUCACCCACUCUCUCUUUAAACGCUUUCAUUGAAAUGGUUGUUUUGUACAGUGCAACUUCACUAACCCGAACUUUUGGUAGUCCAACUGAAUAACUGUAAUUAAAACAAAAAUAAGCUUAACAAUAAAAUGUAGUAUAUUAUUAGAAGCACUUUUUUUAAAUUACAAAAUUAUUCUUCAAAUAGUAUAUAUUUGUUGUAUCUUUUGGUCUAUUUCGUUGUUUUCUUUUAGUUUCGGUAAAUGUAUCUUAUCUGUUUACUUUUUGAAUACUUUUUAGUUUCUUCUGUCGUAUAUAAGUUCGUUGCUUGGGAGGCUUUACUGUCAUAGUUCGAUUGCCAUUAUAGUAGCUGUUGUUGUUUUUUGUGUCA